GGUCGAAGAGGGAAGUGGUUAAGAGUGUGGGAAAGCGUCCGAGAUAUAGUCAAGUCAACCCUGAGCCAUGACCACGCAACAAGACGGGGGGUGUGCAAGAAAGGGCUGAUGGCAAUGGCAAUGGCCAUGGGAAUAGGUCAUGAUCCCUUCUCCGCAUCCGAACCUCCGUCCCAGCUGUCAAUCAUCGUCAAAGGGGUUCGUAACGCCCCUCAUAGUGGCCCUAGAUGACAAGGGGGAGGGGGUGCGCAGGGAGGGCAAAGAUCGAUAUUCCAUGGGAUGUGUCCACUGACGAAGAGUUGAAAGUUGCAAGGAGCAAUGAGCUAGGAAGGUGUGGGUGAAAUGGGAUAUGACCCAUGUACAUGGACAAGCCAGGGUCAUGUAUCCAAUGUUGCUUUUCUUUGGUCUUCUCUGUGCUUAGUAGCUUGUUCGCUCGUAACGCCACAUUGGAUGGAUCAGCGUCUGUGUCCCCGAAGAUUAGGCCUGUCAAAUUGUCUGCGCGUAAAUUGUCUAGGCAUUAGUCGAGACAUCAAUAAGGAGAAGCAGGUAAGCUUUCAGUGAGAUCCAUUGCUGAUGGUAAGAAACUUGCCCGUCCUCUAGUACGUCGUAUCUGAUGGUUGUGAAAAGACCAGAAGGCAACAGGGGGGUAAGAUCCAGGCCAGCCCAGACGAGCGGUACUUUGACCACAGCC